AUGUCGGACCGGUGGCGGACGCGCUGCGGCCUGGCGCUGGCCGCCUCCUGGUUCAGCAUUCUCACCGUGCAGUCCGAGUGCGACAACGUCGACUUCGAGACGCUGGUGAAGAACAAGCUGCUGAACCCCGAGGAGGAGCAGACCGGCUGGGACAGGCUGGCCGCUAUGUACACGCUCGACGAGAUGGGCGGCCUGACGCCGGAGCUGGAGCUGGUCGCCAGCAUCGGCACCACCGGGUUGCUGGCCGGCGGCGCCAUGGGAGCUGUGCUGAACGGCCGGCUCGCCGUCGCCAAGUUCAUCGACCGCAACCAGGCCACCGCGUUUGAGACGCAGCUGUCGGCCAAGAGGGCGCUCCAGGACCGGAUCAUGAUCGCCAUGUCCCGCGGCUUCUUCAUGUUCGGCUGGCGGACGGCGCUCUUCACGUCUUCGUUCGGCUUGGUGUCCACCAGCCUGAUGGUGUACACCAACGAGAUUUCGGCGCUGCACUACGUUGCUGCGGGCUUCACGUCCGGCGCCCUCUACAAGGUCACCAUGGGCCUGCGCGGCAUGGCCGCCGGCGCCGUAGCAGGUUCUCUUCUGGGUCUGCUGGGCGGUGGAGUGAUCUCCCUGCUCUGUUACGUGACCGAUACCACCCUGCCGAAACUGCGCUACCAGCAGUACGUUUGGAAGCACCAGCAGGAUCUUCGCAUGCAGGCCCGGGCCGAACGGAAGCGAGAGAAGAGGCGACUCGCCGCCGAAAAGAAAGCCGAGCAUGCCAAAGAGGACAUCGUGAACACGCAGCUGGAUGGCGCGGGCGCGCUGCGUGGCUCGGUGCAGGCGGCGGACGCUGUCGCCGCCGAGGGCCCGGCCGCGGUGACGGCCGGCGCGAGCCGGACAGAGGCUCCUGCGGGUCAGGAGCGUUGCUCCGGCGCGCUCGACGGCCCGAGCUCGGCGAGCUCGGCGAGCUCGGCGGGUGUUGGGGAGGCACCGGCGCCGGCUGCUUCGCCGACUUAG